CGGGUAGACAGUAGAAACUGAAGAUGCUAGAUGUUGUUGUGGAAGGAGGGGGGAGUGAGUGAUAUUUAAACCCUAGAGGUUCUCUCUCUCUCCUCAUAUGUUCCACGGCUCCCUGGCUGUCUAUCACCAUCUCCAGCACUUCAUCUCAAACAAAGGAAGCUCUCCGUAGGCAUUCAGUGCAGUCCAGAAAAGCUACAUCAACAAACCUCGCACAAUAAGGAAAGCUUGGACUGUUUAGCGUUCCAGCGGUUUGUGAAGAAUUCAUCUCCAAAGAGUUUCUCGUUCAUUGCACCUCAUCAAUGACUGUGUCUGUUUCUAUACAUGCGCAGUAGCUUCCUGAACCUGGAGAGAGAAGAUCCAAGAUGCCACGGUCAAAGUGUGAUGUCAUGUCCAAAGAGCCCAGCUCCAACUUGGAAAGCGCGAUGCAGAUGCUCAUCAAGACCUUUCACAAGUAUUCUGGGAAGGAAGGAGACAAAUUCACGCUCAGUCGAGGAGAACUGAGGGAGCUGCUGACAGAGGAGCUUGGAAAUUAUCUAGGGAACGCCCAAGAUAAAGACGCUGUGGAACGUGUAAUGAAUGACCUAGAUGCCAACAACGAUGGCGAGGUGGACUUCACCGAGUUCAUCAUCCUCAUAGGCGCGCUGACCGUGGCCUGCAACGACUUCUUCCUGGACAGCCCGCCGCCCAAAAGCAAGGCCGACAGCAAGAGCGACGGAGCUGCGGAGGAAAAGAAAGAAUAAUGAGGGCUUACACAACAAGAGAGAAGUAUUAGUGCGUGGUAGUGGUGAGAACAGAGUGAGAUUCUAGCUUCCUUCAUUUCUUUCAUCGGGACUGACAAACCUACAGUUCCUGAAGGAGAUUUGCUUUCAUAAUUCAACACAAGCUGUUCGUUACUUUCAAUGCAAAACUGUCAAACCCAAAGGUGAACACUUGGGGGGCUGAUGGAAAACACGCGGGGUAGUGCCAGGAGCUGGUUUGUCUAACGCUAAGCUAUUUUUCACAGUUGAUAAAAGUUAUUGAGGAGAAAGAUGUUAUGUUUGGGUAUAUAAAAACAUGGGGCUAAAAAUGUUCAGUUUGAGUGCAAUGGUUAUGUUCUUUGGUUUAUGUAAAAGCCUAAGAAUCGUACGUGUCAAGGAAUGUGUUAUGGACAGUUCUGAACAAUCACCUGAUGUUAUGGUAUUUUACAUAAUUUAUUUAUGAAAUUAUGCAUCAUUACAUCCAUUUCAAAGUUACCAUAAAGUCUUAACAGUGUUCACAUGCAAUCGCAUCUGAAAUGAUUCAGUGUUGAACUUGGUUUGUCUCUGUCUUUGCAUCUAUUUUUUGCCUAUUUGUAUUGAAUAACAAAUGCGUAUCUUCUUAAUUAUAAUAAACGUGCA